AUGUGCGUGGCCACCAUCACUGCCGACCCAAUCCCGUUCGUGACUGGCUUUGGAGUGCAGUGCACCGGCGCCGGCACAGCCGAGCUGCAGGGCCGGCCGCGGACGCGGACGCUGGUCCCGGCGUCCGUGACAACGGCGGACGGCCACUCGGCCUUUGACGUGCUCGUCGUGGCAGCCGACCACUCGGCGUGCCAGGACAUGCAAAACGUCCUGCAGGAGUUUGUGGCCGACCUGGAGACACAGAGCGGGCUGACGCCGGCCCAGGAGGCGUGA